AAGGGAAAGAAAAAGUAGAAGAAAAUGAGAAAUUCAGAAAUGAAAUGGUUGUGUUUGUUGGUGAUCCUUGUAAUAAGUGUGUUGGAUGAGAAAAAGUUGGUUUUGGCAGAGGAAUGUGAAGUAGAAAUACGUGGCAUGACUAUAGAAUGUUUGUAUUACAUGAACAAGGGUGAUCAAAGACUUCUAGCCCCUAAUGACAGGUGCAAAAAAGCCAUCACUGAUGCAUUUCCAAAAUUACAAUGCUGGUGCAACAGCCUCUCUCGGAAAGUCGCAUUUCCACCUGGAGCUUCCAUGGGAGAUAUUCUGAGCUGGAAGAGAAUCUUGCACUGCUUCAGCUACACUCGCUUGCCUUUGCCUGCUGGCUACAAGUGUUGGAAUUUCAUUGUUCCUCCUGGACUUCCACCAAGUAAAGUUCAAGAAUGAUUAUCUUGAAGUAGUUUUUUUUAUUGUUCCUCUUGGACUUGCACCAAGUAAAGUUCAAGAAUGAUUAUCUUG